AAGAUCCACAAAGCCACCCAUAGCCCACAACUGACCACAGACACACUGGGACAAUGUCUGGAGAACUUCCUCUAAACAUUAACAUCAAGGAGCCUCGAUGGGAUCAAAGCACUUUUGUUGGACGAGCCAAUCAUUUCUUCACUGUAACUGAUCCCAGGAAUAUUUUGUUAACCAACGAGCAACUAGAGAAUGCAAGAAGAAUAGUACAUAACUACAGACAAGGAAUUGUUCCUCCAGGUCUCACAGAGAAUGAAUUAUGGAGGGCAAAGUACAUCUAUGAUUCCGCUUUUCAUCCUGACACUGGGGAAAAGAUGAUUUUGAUAGGAAGAAUGUCAGCCCAGGUUCCCAUGAACAUGACCAUCACGGGCUGUAUGAUGACAUUCUAUAGGACCACGCCGGCCGUGCUCUUCUGGCAGUGGAUUAACCAGUCCUUCAAUGCCGUGGUCAAUUACACCAACAGAAGUGGAGACGCACCCCUCACUGUAAAUGAACUGGGAACAGCUUAUGUUUCUGCAACAACUGGUGCUGUAGCAACAGCUCUAGGACUCAAUGCAUUAACCAAGCACGUCUCACCUCUCAUAGGACGUUUUGUUCCCUUUGCGGCCGUCGCUGCUGCUAAUUGCAUCAAUAUCCCAUUAAUGAGGCAAAGGGAACUCAAAGUUGGCAUUCCUGUCACUGAUGAAAAUGGGAACCGCCUGGGCGAGUCGGCAAAUGCUGCCAAACAAGCCAUCACACAAGUAGUCAUCUCCAGGAUUCUCAUGGCAGCCCCAGGCAUGGCCAUCCCUCCAUUUAUCAUGAACACUUUGGAAAAGAAAGCCUUUCUAAAGAGGUUCCCGUGGAUGAGCGCGCCUAUUCAAGUUGGGCUAGUUGGCUUCUGUUUGGUAUUUGCUACACCUCUGUGUUGUGCUCUGUUUCCUCAGAAAAGUUCCAUGUCUGUGACAAGCUUGGAGGCUGAGUUGCAAGCCAAGAUCCGAGAGACCUCUCCUGAAUUACGACGCGUGUACUUUAAUAAGGGAUUGUAACGUGGGGACAGAGACCACGACGGCUUACCCCGCCAACUGCACACCUGGGGGUGCCGUGUAGGUGAGGAAGAUCCUGCUGCACCUGGGUUCUUCCAGUUAUAGAAACCUUUCAAAGACCCCCUGGAGCCUUUUCGAGUCAAGCUGCUCCUGAUAGCACAGCGCCUGGUGUGGGCCAGGUGCCCGGCACCCGUUGGCUCCCUUACAUUAGAAUCACGGUAUAAUUUACAGAAAUACCCUUUCUGUAGCUUUUAUAGUAAUUGUUUUUCAAACACAAUAUCCCAGUCCUCACCCAGAGUUUUAAAAAGCAUGGCUAGGCAUAGAGUAGAUGUUCAGUAUAUGCUCAAUAAAUAUUUAUUGAUUAUCAGUCCGUGAAAAGGAAAUCUGUUUAAAAUAAUGAAUUUUUAAUCCCAUUCUUGUUUCAAAUCACGGAGAUCUCAGCAGUGAUUUGGGAAAACACAAAAGUUCUGAUGCUCAACGGUAAAAAAUGACUCAUAAAUAUUAGGGCAGUUUGCUUCCAGUUCGGGCGGUGGGCACCCCGAGGUAGAUUGUGAGCCUUUUGGAUCUGCAGGAUAACAGCUCCUUCAUAUACCUCCCAAAAGUCAAGUGUGACGAGCCGUCCUCGCUGUCAGCAACUAGAUGCUUUCAUAUUGCUGUUGGGGUUCUUUGGUUGACUUUUAAAUUUAUGUUUUACAUUCUUAUGAAGAUGUUAAUCCUGCCUUGCACUUGUUGACUUUACAGUCAAUUAUUUACAUCAAGUAACUGAUAUUUACAGAUGUCAAAUUUUGGAAGUAUGUUCAAAACCAAUGCAGUAUGACUGAGUGGAAUCUAGUUAGAUUUUUUUUAGCAGUGAGAACACAGUUCCAGCUAACUACAUGUCUUUUCUUGUCGAGCUUAUAGAUUUCUUUGGCUUUCAUAAAGAUACAGAAAUAAUGUGUAUGUGAAUCAGUAACUAAAUGAAUUUUACUUGAAUGAUGUAUAUUACAUUCCAGCCUGUUUGAGAAUAAUGAAUCCAUGGACCACUGUUUACAUCAUCUGUAGUAGUUUCACAUAUAAUAUAUUUAAUGUAACAGAUUAUGUUUCAAGUCUGUAGAUGUUCAAAGGCAUACACAAGGUGGUUGUUGAGUGUAGACCACUCAAUUCAAUUUGUAAUUCAGAGACUUGUGAGAAAAAUGUAGAAACUAGUUUUGACAGAUUUUUCCUGACAAUGUGACCAAACUGAAUUUCCUCAUAAAGAAAACAUAGCGUGC